AUGCGGUGCAAAUCAUCAGAAAUGGCAAAGCAGCCGAAACACAGGAAGGAAUUAUGGUCACCAGAAGAAGAUCAAAGGCUCCGAAACUAUGUUCUCAUACAUGGUCAUGGCUGCUGGAACUCAGUCCCCAUUAACGCUGGCUUGCAGAGGAAAGGAAAGACCUGCAGACUAAGGUGGAUUAAUUACUUAAGGCCAGGAUUAAAGCGAGGGAUGUUUUGCAAGGAGGAGGAGGAGGAGACAAUCCUGACACUUCAUCGAGCGCGUUGGGUAACAAGCUACAGAUGGUCGCAGAUAGCGCAGCAUUUGCCUGGAAGAACAGAUAACGAGAUAAAGAACUACCGGCAUUCUUAUCAGAAGAAAAAAGCGGCCGAAGCUGAUCAAGAUCAAAUGAAACCUCAGUACAUUAAAACCCAGCAUACAAUUAUUUCAAGCUCAAAUCAUAUUACGGAUUCUCCAUCCUCACCCAAAAGGCCCAGAAUCGGAGUUUCAAUUUACGAUGGACACAUAGAAAAAUCAGUACCAUUAACAUAUACCACUCAUGAUCAUCAUGAUGACUCCAUUCCACAGCCUUCUGACUUCCCUAGGGAGGCAAACCAUAGCAGCUUCUUGCCAAAGCUGUUGUUCGCAGAGUGGCUUUCCCUAGAUCAUUUUCAUGGCGGAAACAGUACUGCAAAUUCGGCUGAAGGCCGACCCCUUUUCAGAGAUGCUGCAUCUUCUCAUAAUUCAAACUUGCAGGAAACUCGCAUCCAUGGUUUUCCGUCAAAUGAUGUUGGAACAUAUGGUGGCGAGUUUGAUAACGUGCUAAUUAGCCUGCAUGCUUCGCCCACUGCAUGGGAUGUUUAA